AUGUUUUUCUCCCUGUCAACAGUGACUGUUCUUGUCCCCCUGAUAUCAUUGUCUGGACUGUUUUACUCAGCAACCGUGGAUGAAAAUUUCCCUCAAGGCUGCACUAGUGCAAGCAGCGUGUGUUUUUAUAGCCUGCUGUUGCCAGUAACAAUUCCAGUGUAUGUUUUCUUUCACCUUUGGAAGUGGAUGGGAAUCAAGCUGUUCAGACACAAUUAAGACUGUAGUUUUAUUGUCUUCCACAUAACAAGAGACUAA